UGAAAAAAGCACAACGCCGCCCAAUCGCACAACCUCGGUGAAUACACCGAGCGUCCACCAACUCGAUGAACCGGAGCUGUCAACUGUAGUGGCAGUAGCCCCGUGUGCAGGCAAUCUACACCAGCUCGACACAGUGAGGCACCCGGAAGACACGAAAGUCAUUGUGAGAGAGCAACAUGAACCGAUUUAAGACUUCCAAAUUCAAAAACACCACCCCGAAAGUUGCCAAGAGAGAUGGAUGGAUCAACAAUGUUCGUGCUGGAUCCUUCUCCUGCCAGGGGAACCACAUCAAAGCAUCCUCCAAACUGGUGGUCUUCCAGGCUGAACAGGCUGGUGGAGGAAUGCUGGGUCUGUCUUCCCUCAAACCAGGAUCAGAUGGCCAGUGGACCGUCGCCCACGUUUCCUGCCAUUCUGAUUUAAUGACUGACAUGGACUUCUCUCCUUUCGAUGAGAAUCUUCUGGCAACAUGCUCUGCAGAUGCAAAGGUGAAGCUGUGGCGCUUGUGUGACCCAGAGAUGGAGCAGCCCAACAGUCCAGAGGUGACUCUGCAACAAGGUCAGGACAGACUGGAGCUGGUGCAGUUCCACCCCACUGCGUCUGGCCUGCUGGCUGUGGGCUCAGCUAAAACAGCACUCAUUUGGGACACCAGUCGUCAAGACACACCUCUGGCAGCCUUGGAGCAGCACAGAGACCAGCUGCAGAGUCUGAGCUGGAAAAAAGAUGGCUCCCUAUUGGCUACUUCCAGCAAGGACAAGAUGCUGCGAGUGUUUGACCCCAGGGCCCAGCUGACACCUGUUCAGAGCGCCACAUGUUUAGAAAGCAACAAGGACUCACGCGUUCUCUGGACCAAAGACGACCUUCUCCUGACCACAGGCUUUAAUAUGAUGCGUAGCCAGCAGGUGAAGCUCUGGGACAGUCGGCAGCUCAGCAAGUCAGUCAGUUCCCUGUCUCUCGGCACUUCCAGUGGGACGGUGGUCCCUCUGUUUGAUGAAGACACUGGUCUGUUGAUACUGUCUGGACAGGGAGAAACAGUGAUCGAUUGUUUCGAAGUCUCUACCUCUGAGCCUUUCCUCACCCAAGUGAGCCACUGCCUGGUGGAUAGCUCCACUCGAGGUGUCGCCAUGGUUCCCAAACGUGCCCUGGAUGUGAUGUCCUGUGAAGUGAUGCGUUUGCUGCAGUUGACAGACAGCUGCAUCGUGCCGGUCAGCUAUCAGGUGCCUCGCAAGCAUUCAGGCCAGGAGUUUCAUGACGACCUUUACCCAGACACAGCGGGAACGACUGCAGCCAUGUCUGCAGAGGAGUGGUGGCAGGGAGGCAACAAGCAGGUGGAGAAAGUCAGCCUCCACCCUGACAAGCAGCCAAGCAGCCCAAACCGAUUUCAACUUGACGUUUCUCUACAGGGCCCCUCUCGUGGCUGCUCAGCCUCCAGCAGCCCUCUCACUACUCCCAGCAGCAGCGCUGCGGCCUCUCGCUCUCCCUCCACCACCUCAGGCCUCUCCUCCAGCUUCUUACCGAGUCCAAGUCCCAGUCAGAGCACCAAGGCCAUCCAGAACCUGCUGGGUCCAACCUCCAAGUUCCGACACAUCCAGGGUGUAUUAAUGCACAAGGACACGCACAUCACCAACAUACGUUGCCUGAACCUGACCACACCAGGAGAGUGUGACGGCUUCUGUGUGAACCGUGAACGUGUGGCGGUUCCUCUGUCCAUCUCUGGAGGACAGAUCGCCAUCUUGGAGCGCUCUCAGCCCGGCAGGCUGCCAGAGACAUCGAUGCCCACCAUCCAGAACUCUGUCAAUGUGGCCGACCUGACCUGGGACCCCUUUGACACACACAGGCUCGCUGUGGCUGGGGACGAUGCUAAGAUCAGAGUGUGGCAGGUUCCAGAGGGAGGACUGAAGGAGAUUCUGACUGAGCCUGAGAUGGUACUACAAGGCCACACAGAGAAGAUCUACUCCAUCAAGUUCCACCCGUUGGCCAGUGGACUCCUGGUGUCUUCAUCGUACGACUUCACCGUCAGACUGUGGGACCUGGAGUGUGGAGAGGAGGUCAAAGUCCUCAAAGGACAUGAAGACCAGAUUUUUGGACUAGCGUGGAGCCCAGAUGGGAAGCUACUGGCCACAGUGUGCAAAGACGGGAAGGUCCGCAUUUAUGACCCUCGAAAGUCCACUGCACCCGUGAAGGAAGGCCCGGGGCCUGAGGGCCACAGAGGAGCUCGGAUCCUGUGGGUCUGUGAUGGGAAGUUCCUGCUGGUGACUGGAUUUGACAAUCUCAGCCAGAGACAGAUGUCCCUGCACUCUGCAGACUCUCUGUCCUCUGGACCUCUGGCCACUACCAACAUGAACGUCUCACCCUCGACACUCAUUCCCUUCUAUGACCCCGACACCAGUGUGGUCUUUCUCACUGGGAAAGGUGACACUCGAGUCUACAUUUAUGAGAUUGUCCAGGAAGAGCCCUACUUUAUGGACUGCAGCAGCUUUAACUGCCCUCAGCCUCAUAAGGGUCUGACCUUUUUACCAAAGACGGAGUGUAACGUGCGUGACGUGGAGAUAGCUGUGGGUCUGAUGCUCACCAAGACCUCCGUAGAGCCAGUGGCCUUCAGAGUGCCUCGUGUAAAGAAAGAGUUUUUCCAGGACGAUGUUUACACUGAUACAGCAGUGUGGUGGGAACCAGCUCUGACCGCUUCGGCCUGGCUGUCAGGCAUCAAUGGACAACACAAGAAGAUGAGCCUGAAGCCCAAAGACAUGACUCCAGCGAGUGAAGCCCCAAAAGAAGCUCCAGUCCGGAAAUACCUUCCUUCAUCCGUUUACCUGGAGGAGAAGACUGAUGAACAGAAGAAAGAGGAGCUGCUCAGUGCCAUGGUGGCCAAGCUGGGGAACAUGGAUGACCCACUGCCACAGGAGUCUUUUGAGGGCGUGGAUGAAGACGAGUGGGACGACUAAAGGAGACCUCUGGUCUUUAGUUUGAUUUUGGUGCCAACAACAUUGUGGAGAGGCCAGUCUUCAUGUUGCCAUGUGUGUGAAACAGUGCCAUUUAUAGAUGCCCUUUGAAACACCAUCCUAGCCUACUUCUUUAUAAUAAUAAUAAUGAUGAUACAAUAACUAACAGCACAAUGUGAACACGGAGUCUUGUCUGUUUAUAAUGUGUUUGUGAUGUAAAGAGUGACUCACAUUUAUAUCAACGCAUUUUCAACAAUCAAAUCAUGCCAUGGUGAUGGUGAUAUUUAGGUGAAACCUGCCCCAACUCUCACUCUCUGAUCCCCUAUGUAACAAAAUUAUGCACAAUCAGACGUAAAUAUAAAGGGCAGUGUAGUUCCAGUCAGGGUGAGAGGAUACAACUGCAGGCAAUCACAGCAAUAAUACUUCUGCUCUCUGCUAAAUCACCCCUUUGAAAUAAGAACAGACAUCAGACUGGGACACACUGACUAUAAAUCAGGGUUUUUUUUAACUGGAAGAUGGGUGUCUUAGUUUCAUUUAGGUUUAUAUUGGUGAUAGAUUAGUGUGAUUUACACACAAUAAAAAACAGAUUGUGCACAAACUUGUUAUAUGUGAGAAUGUACCUCAGCGUCAGACCGUUCACUUCUCUCUAGUCCAUGUGCAUCUAGAAAAAAAACCCAGUAAUAAUAAAGUGAUGUUGUGAAAAAUUGUAGGACUUAUAAACACCACGUCUUCCUGUUUGUUCAGGUGAAACACACUGUAACUGUAAAAUGUUGAAGCCUUCAGCAGCAAAAACAGAGGAUACCACAGGGUCACCAGUGCUCAUGUUUGGCCAUGAACUGGAAUUUCUAUUAAUUACAUUCCUUAUUUCUUGUUUUUUUUUCUUCCAUAAAUAUGUAACUUCUCUUAGUGCCAGUUGGGUUUGAGCAUUUACUGUUAUGUAUAUGUGCGGGUAAAUUAUGGAUGAAAUGGAAUGUCAGAUUCUAAAUAUGCAUUUUUCUCUGUGUAAUACAAUUUUGGGGAUGUUUUUUUAUUAAAUGUUUUACUUCUACUACAGCUCUUUCCUAGUAGUAAGUAUUCAUAAAAAUUAACAUAAAUGGAACAGUAUUGAAUCUCACGAUGCAGCCAUAAUAGUUGUGUUGCGUUCUUUCCAAGCAGGGCUAGAACCAUGUUAUCUUUAAUCAACUUUAAUCCAGAUUAAUUUACAGUUGUUUACAUCAGAUGUCAUCAGUGCUUGUGCAGAGUGAACUGUAUGAAUUAUACGUAUGUGCCUGUGAUUCUCAAACAUCUUUGUAACAUUUUACACUGUAUUCACUUGCAUUCUGUCUCUCUCUUUUUAAAAGAACUUCCUUUUUAUAUGAGGAGCAAAGGAUGCAUUGUUUUUGUAUCAAGUAAGAAGUGAUGUAUGUGGGAGGAUUUUCAAUAUUGUCCUAAUGUCAUUAAAAGUGUCAAAAUGCAGCUCUCAGUCACA